AUGGGCGGCGGACGUAAGUCCAAACAGGGGUCUGUUGUGGCGCCGAUUUUCCGCAGCCACAGGCCGGAGGAGGAACGGAGGGCUGAGGAGACCGGGGAGUAUGACUCCGAUUCCAUGGCCAGUGACAUGAGCCGCACAAACACGACUCCCAUCACCAAGGACGACCUCCGUGGCUUACUUCAAGAUAUUAAAUCCAAUAUUGAGGCAGAAUUCACCAAGCAUCUGGCUCCCAUGCGGGCAGGCCUCACAGACCUUGUGCAACGUACCAGCACUUUGGAAGACAAAAUGGAGGCUGCCACUUCCAGAGCUAAUACCCACGAGCAGGUCAUACAAGACCUUAGGGACCAGGUAAAACAACUUGAAGAUGCCCAAGAAGACCUUAAUAAUAGGUCAAGACGCAAUAAUAUCAGAAUAAGGGGCAUACCUGAGACCGUCGAUAUGGAGUCCCUGUCAUCCACCAUCAGAGAAACCUUCUGCAGCUUACUGCCUGAAGCACCACCAGCAGAACUCCUGUUGGAUCGCGCCCACAGGGCGCUGCGAGCCCCCACUCCUGGCAUGCCACGGCCACGCGAUGUAAUAGUGCGGCUCCAUUAUUACCACAUCAAAGAAGCCAUACUGAGAGCCGCACGGAACACACCCCUCCAGAUAGAGGGGCACCAGGUCCUCUUCUUCUGGCCCCCAGUACCCUGCGAAAGCGGAGAGAAUUGCGUCCACUCACCCAGGAGCUCACGCGGAUACAGAUCCGCUACUCAUGGGGGCAUCCCUUCAAACUCACGGUACGGAGGAACAACCAGACAUACACACUCCAUAACACCGCAGAGGCGAGCAGCUUUGCAGAGAGGCUGGGCUUGUCCCAAGCUCACAUCGCGGACGGAGAGGUGCCUGCAGCGGCCCACAUGCCACCCACCCGAAGGGCUGAAGUGGACCAUCCACAACGUCAUUCACCCACAGGAGACCCGAAUCCGACCAACAGGAACUGACCAAAAGCGACCGAUGGAUCGACACCGUAAGCACAGAACCACACGACCUCGACACCCAUACUUGGACUGCACUUGCUCACGCUUCCAUGGACAAUGCCUCAAGGCAAACCUAAGACUCUCAUAUCCCCGGCAGCUUGGCAACACUCAGUGUGACUGCGGUCGGACUAUCAGAUAA